AUGUGGUUUAGCAAGCUUAAGAAGCUAUGGAAAGGAACUAAACAACUUAAAAAUCUCAAGUGGAUGGAUUUGUCUUAUUCUAAAGAUCUGAAAGAGCUUCCCGAUCUUUCGACCGCAAUUAAUCUUGAAGAGUUAAAUCUCACUAGUUGUAGGAGUUUAACGAAGCUUCCUUCUUCUAUUGGGAAUGCAACCAAUCUCCGGGAACUAAAUCUCUCUAAGUGCUCAAAGCUGGUGAAAAUCCCUUCUUCUAUUGAGAAUUUGACCAAUCUCCAGAAAUUAGAUCUCUCUAAUUGCUCGAAUCUUGUGGAGCUUCCCUCUAUAGAGAAUGCAACUAAACUUGAGCUAUUGAAUCUCAGUAAUUGCUCAAGUCUACUAGAGCUACCUCCUUCUAUUGGAACUGCCACAAAUCUGAAGAAAUUGUAUGUCAGCGGAUGCUCAAGUCUACUAGAGCUACCUCCUUCUAUUGGAACUGCCACAAACCUUAAGAGAUUGUAUGUCAGCGGAUGCUCAAGUCUCGUGAAUCUCCCGUCCUCUAUUGGAGAUCUCACUAAUCUCAAAGAAUUGGAUCUAUCUAAUUGCUCAAAUCUGGUAGAGCUUCCUUCUUCCAUAGGAAACCUUCAGCUAUUGUCUUAUUUGAGAAUGAGAGGAUGCUCAAAGCUAGAGGCUCUUCCUACCAACAUCAACUUAGAAUCUCUCGAUUUACUUGAUCUCACAGAUUGCUCGCAGUUGAAAAGUUUUCCUGAGAUCUCCACAAACAUUAAGUCUCUGUGGCUCACAGGAACAUCAAUAAAAGAAGUUCCUUUGUCGAUCAUGUCGUGGUCUCGUCUUUAUGAUUUCAGUAUCUCAUACUUUGAAAGCCUCAAGGAAUUCCCACAUGCUCUUGACAUCAUCACGGAGCUGCAGUUGAACGAAGAUAUACAAGAAGUUGCUCCAUGGGUCAAGGAAAUGUCUCGUUUAAGAGUACUUAGACUCGACAACUGCAAGAAUCUGGUAUCACUCCCCCAAUUUUCAGAUUCUUUAUGGAACAUAGAUGCAGACAAUUGUCAAUCCCUUGAGAGACUGGAUUGUUCCUUUAACAAUCCGAAGAUCCUCCUGAAGUUCAGCAACUGCUUCAAACUGAAUCAAGAAGCCAGAGAACUCAUCAUGCACACAUCCACUUCUAGAUAUGCGGUGUUACCUGGUAAACAAGUGCCUGCCUGCUUCAAUCACCGAGCUACUUCUGGAGGUUUAUUGACAAUCAAGUUAAAUGAGUCGCCUCUUCCUAAAUCUUUGAGAUUUAAGGCUUGCAUCAUGCCGGUUAAAAUUAAUGAAGAAGCGGUUCAUGAUUUGUUGUAUGUAUAUAAUAAGAUCAUGGACAAACAGAAUGAUCUCAAAGUUCUGUGUAAACAUGACAUAUAUCGAGUUUUAACAGAGCAUAUCUACACAUUUGAAGUUGAAACAGAGGAGGUGACUUUAACCGAGCUUCUCUUUAAGUUUACAACCAAAGAUUAUAAAUGGAAGAUAGGAGAAUGCGGGGUAUAUCAAAUCUUGGAGGUUCAGAGAUGAUGAGAGCUUCAGAGAUGGAAAUCAAUGGGGAGAUAAAGAACAGCGAAAAUAGAGUCUAGAAGAAGAAGAAGGAAGAAUCAUCAAGAGCUAUUGAGACUUUCAAAUUCGUGUUUUUGAUUCAC